AUGAGCAAGUCGGUUGAAGAGUGUAGGUUGGAGUUCUGUCUCAACGUGAGUGCUGCCCCAACAUACUGUCCAAAGUGUAGGUUGGAGUUCUGUCUCAACGUGAGUGCUGCCCCAACAUACUGUCCAGAGCGUAGGUUGGAGUUCUGUCUCAACGUGAGUGCUGCCUCAACAUACUGUCCAGAGCGUAGGUUGGAGUUCUGUCUCAACGUGAGUGCUGCCUCAACAUACUGUCCAGAGCGUAGGUUGGAGUUCUGUCUCAACGUGAGUGCUGCCUCAACAUACUGUCCAGAGCGUAGGUUGGAGUUCUGUCUCAACGUGAGUGCUGCCCCAACAUACUGUCCAGAGCGUAGGUUGGAGUUCUGUCUCAACGUGAGUGCUGCCCCAACAUACUGUCCAGAGCGUAGGUUGGAGUUCUGUCUCAACGUGAGUGCUGCCUCAACAUACUGUCCAGAGCGUAGGUUGGAGUUCUGUCUCAACGUGAGUGCUGCCUCAACAUACUGUCCAGAGCGUAGGUUGGAGUUCUGUCUCAACGUGAGUGCUGCCUCAACAUACUGUCCAGAGCGUAGGUUGGAGUUCUGUCUCAACGUGAGUGCUGCCUCAACAUACUGUCCAGAGUGUAGGUUGGAGUUCUGUCUCAACGUGAGUGCUGCCUCAACAUACUGUCCAGAGCGUAGGUUGGAGUUCUGUCUCAGUCAUGCCUGA